GAGAGAACGUGAAAACGCCUUGAACUCCACCCCUUCUCUCCAGUUGCACGCAACCUCUCCUUUCCUCUCCAAUCUCUCUCGUUUUUCAUUCACAUCGGCAAGGGUUGCCGCCGCCGCCGCGCUCACGCCCCAAAUUUUCUCCCCCUCCGCCGAUCCCGCAGCGGCCGCCUCUGCUGCUCCUGCGCAUGGUCGCCGCCGCCUCUGCUGCUCCCGCGCGUGGUCGUCGCGGCCUCUCCUCCCACCUCAGUGUACAACCGCCUCAGCGCCUCUUCCUCUUCAUCUCAGAAGACGGCAUCGAGUGCGGCCGUCCCGUGCUCUCUUUCCCUCCCAGGUCGACCCAGGAGGAGCUCGAGCGGCAGAGCUGGUCCACGGCGCCGUCGUUGUUGGCAGGAGCGUGAGCGCAGACACAGUCGGCUCCCUCCGGCUUUCGUGUCGCCGUCCAUCAACCCGUGAGGAAGAGAUAUAUCGAUGGCCAAGAACUCCUGGAGCACCCGCUCGGUUCAUCUCAUGUUCUCAUGCUCUCCUUUUUCUUCUGAUCUUAUGGAAGUUGUGCUAUGAUCAUAUAUCAUCUUCUACUCUGUACAUGUUUGUUCGAAUUCAUAAGGUUGCAAGAAUUAAGAAAAUUACAACACCAAUUCUAUUGUACUAAUCAAUGCGCUUAUGCUACUAUGCAGGUAUAUUCGCAGGUUAGUUGCAUGGAUAAGGCCUUCCCAACCGGGCACGCCCAAGAACGCCUCCUGCAGGAGGGCGCCGCCGCCGUCCUACCACGCCCGGACCGCCACGGCAGGUUGGGCCGCAGGAGCAAGGGAGAUGGUCGAUGGGGAGACGGCCCCGCCUCUGAUGCAGCUGGAGACGCUGCUGGCGCUCGGCCUGGACCAGCGCAUGGCGGAGAACGCGCUGGUCAACAGCAAAGUCACCUAGCCUCCGUCAUAGCCAAGAACCAGGGCAAAUAUGGGAGCUCCAUCAAGGCUUUGGUGAGCAAACUGUGUCCUUGCUCAGCCUCUCUCGUGUUGAUUGGGCAUCUUGGAAUUUUAUUUUGGCAACUUGGCCAACUGGUCUUCCAACAAUCAGCAGUAGCAGGUCCAGUGCCUGAUAACAGAACAAGCGAUUGCGAUCGUUUCUAUCUCCCACUGGGAGGUCACUUGAUCUGGACUCCCUCUUCCUCCACUACAGCGGCCGAAACCUGCAGUUGCUGCCGGCUGAGACCGGCCAGGACGCCGACAACGGAUUUGACUCCUACACCAAUCUCAUCAAGGUUGUUGUUGGAAAGUCAAAAAGCUACACGGGAAGACCUUCGACAAUAAUUUCAGCCCCAAAGUAACAAAGGUGACGAUGCCGUUAUCACGGCAAGCAGGCUGGCAUUCAGUUCAGCUUCUUGACGCGGUUCGGCAUGAUGGCGGCGCAGACGAAGGCAUUCUUUGACUCCACUGGCGCCUCCGGCAGGAGCAGAGCAUCUCCGGCAAUCUCGCAGGCGUCUUCUUUGCCACGGGCACCUAGGGCUGGCACGCCAUUGUAAAGAUGGGUUAAGCGUAUGCCUUAGCAGGGACGCGUUGCGUGUUAUUUAUAGGCACAAGAGAUUACAGGGUUUAGGUAGUUAGGUUGUUGUAGGAUUGAUCUCCAAGUCAUAAUCUAUACAAAGGAUAGAGAUCAACCUAAACAUAUCCUAACUACUUGAUUACAACACGCACACGCCCACACAUAUAUACGGUUUAUAUGUACACCGUAUACAUCCUAUAAUACAUACUUUAACACGCCCCCUCAAUCACAACUUUAACAAGUUGAGAUUGUUCUUGAA